AUGGCUGAACAGACCCUUGCCCAGGAAACAGGUGCACCGUCUCUGGAGUCUGCGCAGGCCCGAUUCCUAACAGUACUGUAUCUUCUGAGCACCUCUCGUGUGAACCAAGCCUGGUAUAACUUUGGCACAACGGUACAACUUGUGAUGUCACUAGGCCUUCAUCGAAAGCAGACACGUCCACGAGCAUUCGCGUCGAUUGCAUCGAGUGUAGUCGCUUCAGAGUGUUCGAAGCGUGUACUGUGGUGCUCCUUUACUCUUGAUGAGUACCUCAGCCUUAUACUUGGUCGGCCGCGAUUACUUCGAGAGGAGGAUAUCGAUCAAGAGUAUCCAGCUUUGAUCAAUGACGAAGUCCUUGACAAUAAGCCUAGACAACGCCCUGCUCUCCAGAGAAAUUGUUUGAUGGAUGCAUCCGUUUGCCACGCGAAGAUUUCUCGAAUUCUAGCACGAGCCUCUAGGGACUUGUACUCGAUCAAGACUCUCGAUAAAGAACAAGAAGUCAAGACUAUCGCAAUAUUAAUGAAGCAGAUUACCGAAUGGCAAUCCAACUUACCACCUCUCUUGGGAGAUUGGGUUUGUCCGAGCAGCCUGAUUUCGGUAUUUCGAAGACAGCUGACUGUCAUCCGCCUAGCUCGACUACAUGCUAUUAUGUUUGUUACGCGGCCGCUUCUUCUUCGAGACUACUCACAGCACCAUGACACCGACCAACUCUUGAGGGAGUUUCUCCAAACUUGCAUCCACACGGCUCGCGAUACACUUGAGCUGGUUCUGGAUCUCGUCAAGUAUCAUCUCCUGUUCCCGGCCUUCUGGUUCACCCAGUACAUUGCUUUCAACGCCCUAUCUAUUGUCUACAUCUAUUUAAUACACUCGAAAAAGGGUCGGAUUCCGUACGAAUGGCUCUUCGCAUGCGAUGGGGACCCGAAAUCACCACCCAUCGACCGCACGAUGCUUUAUCAUCUGGCAGAAGAGACGCAAUACCAUCUUGGCCAGGCCACCGAAAUGAACGCCCUUGCAUGGAGGUACACGGUCGUCUUAAAGGCUCUGAGGCUGGAGGCGAAUGGAGAAGAGAAUGAGACACAUCCCGAUGAUGCGACUCAAUCCCAAGCCGAUUCGAAUGAGGAAGCCGUGGCCAUUUUGCCGGUGGAAAUUGUUCGCGCAGAAGGCAUUCCCCAUGAGCAACACUCUGUUGACUGGACCGGACUUUGGACCUCCAUAAUGGAACCAAUCAAUUCAUCUAUCCAUGGCUCCGGGCUGUCUGAUCCUGGAAUAGGAGGCUUGCUCAGCUCCAAUGGUCUCACCGAUGAGCUUUGUCUUGAUUUCUGGCCGCAACUCGAUCGCCUACCAACGUCACUGCUAAAUUCACGAAACACAUGA